AUGACCGCCCGUACGGAGACCCGACGAAGUCGUUUCAAUCUCUGGAUUCCGACCAAAGUCGCUUCCGAGAAGCAGGAUGCUUCUCCGCCCAAUUCUGGCUCGUCCGAAAGCCCGACCUCGGAUUCCGGUGGCUCACGACAGCGAAGAAAACGAAUCCGAGUCCGUAUCUCGAGGAGUGGCUCCCGAAUCCUCUCACUUCUAGGAUUGCGUGGCUCAAAGGCCAACAAGGAGUCAAUUACGGACACCGACUGCUCUAAUUAUAUGCAAGCAGAUGCGGAGAAUGCACAUCCGACUGUUAUCUCUUCUCCGGGUGGCGAUGGUAACGACAGUCCACAAUACCUGACUGAGGCCGAGUCCCCGCGGAGUGAGCCGCUGCCUGUCACUCCUUCUUGCAAUACUCCCAUGGAGACAGUAGAGACACUAUCCGAACAGCUGUUUGUCUUACAGACGUCACCUGAACCACGGAACGAGCCAGGAGCUGAGGAUAUCUUGCAACGUAAUGUCGCAACCGAAAGCCAAACACCAACUAUGGCUGAGCAACCGACCCCAACUAAUCCCAAGUUUGUCAAUCGUUUCUCGCACAAGAUCUCAUUGGCGUUGGGUCAGCCCACUGUCAUUCGCCGUACGGGUCUCCGCGCUCGACCAAGUAUUCUUCGAGUCGAUCAACCAGGACUAGAAGAUAUGAGCAAGCAAGGCGACGGGGCCAACGACGUUUCCGAGCCUUCCACUUCACCCAGCAGCACUGGAUCUCCUUUCAGUAAACAGUCAACUACAUUCACUCCUCAGACAACUUGCGCAUCGUCUCCCUCGUCGGAUAAGGUCAAGUUAUACGACGAACAUGAACAAUCAAACCCAGUGAAUCAAUGGCCUUUGAUUGCAGUGACUGAAAACGAUUCGGAGCAUUUGAGUGACGCAAAAGAGGAUUCUAUAUUACCCUCAAUCAAGACGGUAGAGAACACUGCAGUGGCUAAAGUAUGCCUCGAACUGCACUUCAGCUCUAUCUUUCACAGUGAAAACUCGCGAGAGCACCGUCAACUGGAGCUAGAGCGACAGAUAUACGCGUUCGAGCUUACUCCAGAGGAACAAUUGAUGACGAUGCACAACUGGAUCUUGGGCGAAAAUGAUUAUCUUCGUCAGUGUCGUGUCCUUAAAUCGAACAAACAUGGCACGGAAGACGAUGGGAGAAUCUCUCUUGCCGGAUAUAAGGCUAUCAAGGUUCUUGGGAAAGGAAGUUUCGGUGUCGUGCGUCUGGUUCGAAAACUCGACUCUGAUCUCAAGGUGGCUCAUAACGACAAAACCCUACCCGUCAAUGACACGAGUACCAGCAGUAGGUCAAAGCCUCUUGGUCUUCUGAUGUCUGCUGUAGAGGGAGCCAAGCAGACCCGUCGGAGGUAUAUGACUGGUGAAACAAAAGAGUUUUACGCCAUGAAAGUCAUCAAAAAGACGGAGAUGAUCCGCAACUGUCAGGAGGGUCAUAUCCGAGCAGAAAGAGACUUUCUAGUUGCCUCUGCAAGCUCUCGCUGGGUUGUUCCACUGAUUUCCAGCUUUCAAGACACUCACAAUCUAUAUCUUGUGAUGGACUAUAUGAUCGGUGGAGAUUUCCUGAGCCUGCUGAUCCGCAGGGAUACUCUCCGAGAAGACUGGGCACGGUUCUACGUCGCCGAGAUGAUCUUGUGUAUCGAGGAGGCACAUCGACUCUUCUGGAUUCAUCGGGACGUCAAACCUGACAACUUUCUCAUCUCAGCCUCGGGUCAUUUGAAAAUCUCCGAUUUUGGACUGGCAUUCAACGGCCAUUGGUCUCAUGAUCAAGAUUACUACAACAGUCAGCGGUACACUUUGAUAGAAAAGCUCGGCAUUGAGGUGAAAGGUGAUGCCGAAGAUCAGAAACCGGGUGCCGAACACAAUGAGCUCGCUCCUGGAACCAACUUACCGAGUGCGGGUGAUUAUGCUUCUCACCAACCCCCUUGUGAAGAUCUGUUAGCCUGGCGAGAAGAGAACGGGAGGCGCAGGUUUGCUAGAAGUGUUGUUGGAACCAGUCAAUACAUGGCCCCUGAGGUCAUUCGAGGUGAGAUGUAUGAUGGCCGUUGUGACUGGUGGAGCUUGGGCAUCAUUCUAUAUGAGUGUCUGUAUGGAUUUACUCCUUUUGCUUGCGAGAACCGCUAUGAUACCAAGGUUAAGAUUCUUCAACAUAGCCAGACAUUGCAAUUUCCCCGGGAAAAGCCGUCAGACAGACUUGUCUCUGCGGAAGCUCUCGACCUCAUGACCAGAAUACUCCAAGAACGUGAAUAUCGCCUGUGUUCCCCGAAGUAUCGGUCGAAUGACGUUCUCAUCGGACGUCCUGUCUCAAAGCAGAUACUGUACUCGAUGAACACACGGUACAGAAAUAUUUCGAGCUACUACGUGUACCCCAAUGAUGCCACAGACAUCAAGAUUCAUCCCUUCUUCAGAGGCAUUCGCUGGCAGGACCUGCAUCUGUGCCAGCCACCUAUGGUACCUAGGGUGAGGAACUGGGAAGACACCCGGUAUUUCGAGAAUGCUGUUAGUGAAUUAGAAAAAAAUGCGCAACUUCCGGAGCAACAGUCUGAAGAUACCUGCCCUGGUGCUGAAGCAGGGGCUCCAACAGAGAAGCCCGUCGUUGGAGAUCAAUCUGCUGGAGCUGCGACGACUCCCGCCCCGAAUAAGGCGAAUGUGAUCGACAAGAAAAAAGAGAAGAAGCGGCCUCGUGACAAAAUUCUUCGUGAUAAGCAGUUGAACAAGGCUGCUUUGGAUAUCCGCAAAAACGGCGCUUUCUUAGGAUAUACAUACCGGCGCCCUAAUGAGGUUGCUUUGGCUUUCAGCUCGGAACGAGGCCGUUCACGUUCUUCACGGGGCGAGUUGGCCAGUCUCUUUUCCUCAUGA